GCAAUCGCUACUCUUGGUGGCCUGCAACUGAAUCACUGUGUUAACGACCAUACUACGCAUGUGGUGAGUUACGAACCGCGUCGAACGCUGAAUCUACUGCGCGGUCUAAUACGUGGCCUCUGGAUUCUCGAUUACAAAUGGGUAGUAGACUCACUUAUAGCCGGUUGUUGGCUAAAUGAGGAAGAAUAUGAGUUGAGAGUGUUUUCGCGCGCCGUCGAGAUUUGUCGCACCGAGCGUCAGGCUUUUGGCAAUACCUACAAAUGUGAACUCUUUACGGAUUUAGGUGCCUUUUACAUAUCGUCGCGUUGUGGUCCCAUCUCAAAGGAAAAUCUAAAAGAGCUUAUUGAAUUAUGUGGCGGCAAAGUGGUCGAUCAUCGCAAACGUGCUAAAUAUAUACUCGGCGAUCCACACAAAUCACUCGAAGAUAAAGUCUACGUAACUCCAUUUUGGGUAUUGGAUAGCAUUACGCAGAUGCAAGUGAUGCGUCAACAAAAAUAUAGCUAUGCGUCGAAUCAAAAUCAAAUCAUGAAGACGCAACCGCAAUUGUUGUCACAGGCAAACGACGACGCAGUGGUUUCAACUUAAUUAUAGAUACAUAGUAGCGCAAUGUGAAAUUAAAAUUAAAGCAUCACAAAGAUUUUGUUGGCAUUUUCACAAAAAAUUUGUUAAAAUAUGGAAAUUUUUUAUGGAGAAAUCCACUUAGUAAAAUUUAAGAAUUAUUUAGAACUCAUGAACGUUUUCUUUCCAUUGCAAUUGUAGUAAAUAACAUUAAAAAAAUAAUAAUAAAUUAUAUAAUAG